AUGCUUUUAACGGGAAUUAUUUUGCUUUCCACUAUUUUAAAAAUAUAUGCACAUCAUUCUGAAGUCUUAUUGUGGCACCAUCCAGGCAGCAAUUGUACCAGUGAAAUUAGCAGGUGUAUUCAAGAGAACUUCGAUGGUAAAGCAGUUUUGCAAAGGAUUUAUACUUAUACUGACGAUGGUUUCACCGCUUGGCUAGAUGCCGGGAACGAUUAUAGCCAUAUCAUUGAAGCUCGAUAUGUGAAUGCGGUACAACAGUGCCUGAACAGUAGUAACGUUACUGCUUAUGUUGAAAUCCGCUCACAUAAUGAUUAUGCUGUUAGCGGCUCUAGACAACAUCCAGAUGAUCUAGAGAACUUUUAUCGCUAUUUUGCAAAAGGCUACCCCCUUGACUAUAACCCAGACUCAAUCAGUGACACUGCUAGUAAUGCCAGUAAUGUUAGUGAUUACCAUUACUACAGGAGAGGCAUGCCCAUACCUGUAGAUAAGCCUAAUAAUAGGAGCCAACCUAGAAGACCACUCAAUUUGCUAGUACUGGCUUGGUCAAAACUCUUAAAGUGUGACAAUUUUGUAAUUGUACUUAUUACUUCCACUCGAUUUACAUUCUCAUAA